GAAUUAAAAGGUAACGCAGUGUUUCCACCGGACUUUAACAGUGUGACUCCCAACGAACAUGAAGGAUGAGAAGACGCCAGCAGCGUUAGCUUCACGGAUGUUUUCAUGUUUGAAAGUAUAAAUGUUGGAUAAGUCAUUUCAUCUGAUGAAGUAACGAUGAGUUCAGUUCAGAAUCUGAGAGAGUUGAUCAACGAGCGACUAACUGCUGCUGCUGAAGAAAUAUUCACAGAGUUUGAAAAAACCAUCGUCCAGUACGAGGAAGUGAUCGAUCGUCAGCGCAGACUGCUGGAUGUCAUCUGGAAACCACAGAUAACGUUAGACACGACAGGACUCCCACAGCAACAUGUUUGUGAGCAGGAGGAGGUCCUUGCUGACCAGCAGCUCCAUAACCAGGCAAAGAACUCCAAUCUGGACCAGGAGGACCCAGAGUCUCCACAGAUUAAAGAGGAACAGGAGGAACUCUGCCUCAGUCAGGAUGGAGAGCACCUUGUACUGACGCAGAAGACUGAUAUGCUGGUUCAGUGCAAGUCCAAAUGUAAAGAAUUAUCCAGAGAAAUAUUCCAAGUCUUUGAAAAAACACUCAUCAAGUACGAGAAACAGAUCAAUCAUCAGCACAGACUGCUGGACAUCAUCAGAAAACCUGAAAUAAAGUUACAUACAGUAGACCUCCCACAGCAACAUGUCUGUAAGGAGGAGGAGGUUCUCACUGAGAAGCAGCUCUGUAACCAGGAAAGGAACUCAUAUCUGGACCAGGAGGACCCAGAGCUUCCACAGAUUAAAGAGGAACAGGAGGACCUCUGUACCAGUCUGCUCCAGGAGGAUCCAAAGCCUCUGCAGAUCAAAGAGGAACAGAAGGAAUUCUGCACCAGUCUGGAUCAGGAGGACCCAGAGUCUCUGCAGAUCAAAGAGGAACAGGAAGAACUCUGCAUCAAUCAGGAGGGAGAGCACUUUGUCCUGAAACAGGAGAUGGAUACCUUUGUAGUGAUAACGUCUUUUGAGGACAGUAACCAGAGUGAACCAGAACCAAACAGUGACCAGCUCUUCUCUCACAAUUCUCCUGUAUCUGAGAGCCAAGAGCAGGAAGGAAGCAAGCAUGUAGACUCAGAAUCAACUGGUAAUGCAGAGCUGAAGAAAAAAAAGAGAUGCCAAACAACCAGCAGGCACAGUAACAAUGUAGAUAAUUCUUCCAUGUCAGAGAGUCCUUCUGAUGCUGACAAAAGUAAAAAAUCUGCAAUAUGUGAUGUUUGUGGGAAAGCAUUUAAGAAUAAACCCCAACUGAAGAGACAUCACAGAAUCCACACACGUGUGAAGCCACAUAUUUGCAAAACAUGCGGGAAAAGUUUUAGCUUUAGCUCUCGGCUGAAAGUCCACAUGAUGGUUCACACGGGUGAGAAACAGUAUUCUUGUGAAAUGUGUGAAAAAAGUUUCAGUCGUCGUGAUCAUUUGUUGGGCCACAUGAGAACUCACACUGGUGAGAAGCCAUAUUCAUGUGAAAUGUGUGGGAAAAGUUUCAUUGAUAAUAGUAAUCUGACUGUCCACAUGAGAUCACACACAGGUGAGAAACCUUACCCCUGCAACACAUGUGGGGAAAGGUUUAAAGAUGCAUCAGGGCUCAAAAGCCACACGAGAAUUCACACAGGAGAGAGACCUUAUUGUUGCCAAACAUGUGGGAAAACUUUCUGUCAGCGUGGUAAUUUGUUGUACCACUUAAGAACUCAUUCAGGUGAGAAGCCGUAUUCUUGUGGAACAUGUGGUAAAAGCUUCAGUUUAAAUAGUAGUUUAACUGCUCACUUGCGAACUCACACAGGUGAGAAGCCUUAUUCUUGUGAAACUUGUGGGAAAAGUUUCAGUGUAAGUAGUGGUUUAACUGCCCACUUGAGAACUCACACAGGUGAGAAGCCGUAUUCUUGUCAAACUUGUGGGAAAAAUUUCACUCACUAUGGUAGUUUGUUGCACCACCUGAGAACUCACACAGGUGAGAGGCCGUAUUCUUGUGAAACAUGUGGGAAGAGUUUCACUCAGCGUGUUCAUUUGUUGCACCAUGAAAGAACCCACACAGGCGAGAAGCCAUAUUCUUGUGAAACAUGUGGAAAACGUUUUACGCAGCGCACUCAUUUGUUGUACCACAUGAGAACUCGCACAGGUGAGUAACUAUAAUUUGAAAAAUUGGAAAAGUUUAAGUCUAUGUAGGGGUUUGACUGCCCCCUCCAGAAACCCCACAGGUCGGAACCUUAGUGGUGACUCUUACAAAAGCACAUCGAAUUUUCAAAAGACAAUUUGAAAUGUUUCAUACUUUAGAGUAAACACUUCAUUAAAAAAAUGUUUAUAUUGGUUAUCAAUCUCUGCUAUACUUCAGAGGACAGCGUGAUGGUGCGACCGGAUAUAAUGUAAGUUUCAGUGUAAGUUUUUUUUUUUUACAACUAAGUGUGUUGAAAAAUGUAAUGUUAAGUCAAAAUGUGUGUAAAUUAGUUGCAGUCCUGUUCAUCUUGGUAAACUAUGUAUUUCUGUGGUUGUACAUUUUUGUAUAAAGAAAAACAAAAGAAAAAAA